AUGAAGCUUCUUUACUCCCUCACUCUUUCCUUUCUCCUCUUUGUUUUCAUCACCAAUCUCUCUACAGCUUUCUCAAAUGACGAUAAUGAAGAAAUACAUGACAUAACGGGUGCACCCGUUAUAGCAGGUAAGAAAUACUACAUUUCCGCUUCCAUUGGUGGCAGAGCCACUGGCGGUGGAUUAGAACUAGGAAGAACUAGUCUUUCCAAAUGUGAUGUUACUAUCCUACAAACUAACAAAACAAAUGUGUUUGGAACAUCUGUGGAGUUUACCAUUAUAGGAAACAAUUCUGAAAAAAUCCUCACAGAUACACCACUUUAUAUUCAAGUUACUAAGGAACCAAAUUGUGUUGCUACAUCGGAUUGGAUAUUAUUCUAUGAUUACGAUAUUAAUAAAAGGUGUGUUGGUAUUGGUGGUUUUAGAAACUAUUAUGCGCCAGUAUAUUAUGGCAGUUUUAAAAUUUUGAAACAUGGGUUUGGUUAUAAGUUUGGAUUUUGCCCUCUUGGAAGUAUUGCUUAUUCUGACAUUGGGAGUUAUCAAAAUAGUGGUGAAGGUGGAAAACGUUUGUAUUUAUUAAGAGGGGAAGUAAACGACACUUUUGAAUUUGUUAUUGUUCCUGCUUUCCUUGAAUCUGGAAUAAUUAAGUCUGUGGCUUGA